AACAAUGCUAAUAAUAAAAAGAGUGAAUAUGGUCCAGCAAAUAAGGCUUAAAGGUUAUCUAAUAAACAUGACAAGCAAAUGAAAGUGAGAGAGUGAGAGAGGGAGAAAUAAGAGAGGGAGGGGUGGAGCUCAUGCAGACAAAGAGACAGAGAUUAAAAUGAGACAGAUGGAGAGAGAGUGGACAGGUUGAGUGAGAGGACAGAAGGCGCGUGAGCGUGUGAAUGUGUUUUUGAAUGAAAGCGUCAGGGUCGCACAGUUCUAUCUCCAUCAUCAUCAUCAUCAUCAUCAUCAUCAUCAUCACCGGCAUCUGAACGGCAGGAAUAGGAGGAGGAGAGAAGGAAGGAGGGAGGAGGCACUUUUCUGAGCUUUUGAAGAUGAUCUACAGUGUCUAACUGUACACCAGCGAGGUGAGAAAGUGGCUGAGGAGAACGUGAGGACCAAUUCACUCUCGCUGUGAGAUAAACAUGUCAGCGUGUUGAAACACUGAAGAUGGACAGAACAGAUGAUGAGAUGGAACCUUGUGUGAAAGCAAGUAGAGUUGGGCGAGAGAGUGGUUUGGAGAACGCGUCCAGCGGCAGUUCCUCCGCCCUCCCUCUGCAGCUGAAGGCUAUGGUCCGAAUCCGGAGUAAGUAUCUGCGCCGAAUGCGUCCUGAACACGGCGCGAGCCCCUCCAGCCCAGAAACCUCCACCGCCACCCGGCCAGAGCGCUCCGCCAGCCCCCACCGCCGCAAGAGCCGCAGGAGAAUGUCUCGGGUGAUGUUCCCCAGCGACAGGAAGAAGUAUCUGCCAAAAAACAGAGACCGGAGUCAGGCCAAGGUCUUCCUCUUUCUCUUCCUCGUUGUCGUCUUCUUGCAGGUUUACAACGCCAUCGAGAACCUGGACGACCACGUGGAGAAGUACGACCUGGAUGGAUUGGAGCGAGCGCUGCACAGGGAGGUGUUUGGCCAGCAGGAGGCACUGGAGACAUUAAUGUACCACCUGAAUGACUACCUGUCCACCUAUGCCCACCAGCGCCCCCUAGCGCUGUCCCUGCACGGUGCGUCUGGAGUGGGCAAAAGCCACCUGGGACGCCUGCUGGCACGACAUUUUCGUUCUGUGGUGGGCAAUGAUCUGGUGGUGCAGUACUUCACCAUGCACCACUGCCCCCUACAGGAGAGUCCGGAGAACUGCACCUCGAAGCUCAUCCGCCGCGUUACCAAAGUCGUGACCCGAGCCGAGGAGGAGGAGCGAAUCCCGCUCUUUGUCCUGGACGAGGUGGAGCUGAUGAGUCCGCCUUUGCUGGAUGGGCUGCGGACGCUAAUGCAGCCCAAGCAGACCAACGAGUUUCUGAACGUCAUCUACGUUCUCCUCAGCUCCCUGGGAGAAGCAGAGAUCACGGCUUACAAUUUGCAGAACGCCUCGGCCACCGGGGCAGAACAGCUGCUCAGGCAAACACUGGGGAAGCUCCACCCGCUGUGGGCGGAGCCGGGGGUGGAGCUUAUCCCGCUAGCCCUGCUGGAGCGGAGUCACGUGGUACAGUGCUUCCUGGAGGAAAUGACAGACGAAGGAUUUUACCCUGACCCCGCCCACGUGGAGAGACUGGCAGGGGAACUGGCCUAUCACAGGGCAGGAGGGAAAGAGUAUGCAAAGAGCGGCUGCAAACAGGUGGUGGCCAAAGUUAACCUACUGUGAAAGAGAGAGAGGGAGGCAAAGGGACGAGGGAGGACAUAAGCGGGUAUGUGCGGUACUAGCAAAUGUAGAAACACCAAAAGAGAACAGAGAGAGAGAGAGAGAGAGAGGGAGAGAGAGAGAAAGAAAGAAUGAGAGAGAGAGAGAGGUGGAGAGAGAGAUAGAGAGAGAGAGACCAUUAUGUCUCAGAAUUUUUUACCUCAGUAGGAAAUGUUUUUAAGUUUGAGUUAAGCCUCACAUUACAGGGUCUCUAUAAUGUAAAUUGAUGUUUCUUUGUUUAUUUUUUAAAUAAAACAGUUCAAUGUAGUACGUAAAGUUUCAAAACA